AUGAGCCUGAGCAGCGCCUCUCACGGCAUCCCUCCAAUACAAAGAACCCAUUCUACCGGCUUUCUCCCUGCCCCUCGCCAGAUCCGCUUCGUCUCGACCGAUGGGCAGCCACAUAGUAAGAGAAGGCGUAUAAAUGCGGCUUGUUUGACAUGUCGCAAGAGAAAGACUCGGUGUUCAGGGGACCGCCCCGUGUGCACAACCUGCACAGAAUCUGGCCACACGUGUUCGGGCUAUGCAGAGAGGACACCUAGGAAGGUGGCCGAGGGCGAAAGGGGCGAAGAUGAUGCUCGGGAGGAGGAGCAGGAGGAGUUGAGUUCCACCACUCCUCGAAAGCAUCCAAAAAAUGUCGGAGGUCUGCCACGGUCGCAACCCAAGCCAGAAAGGCAGAAUCCAACAGAUGGGAGUACUGGUACAAAUGUGCUGGUGGACUACAAAGUCGAAAAUGCGGACAUCAUAAGUCCUGCAAGCAACAAAACCGCAAGCAGCUUGACUGGCUCGAGAAACAGCGUACCCUAUUUUCGAUACUUUGGACCCACAGCCAUUGUUCCUGGUUUCAAGCAGAUGGUGGUCCAGGUCAAAGACCACCGUCGAAAGCAACCUUCCACGUUAGGGGAAACUCCUGCCUCAGGCCAGCCCUUGCAAUCGAACUGGGGCGGUGGCCAGGGGAGGUCUCCUGUUGAGAUACCCUUCUACGAUGCCACGAACCUGGGAACAAAUGCACCUCUGAUAACACAUCUGUGUGAGACGUUCUUCACUCACUUGGGGUGUAACUACCCAUUUCUUCAACGCAAGCGGUUCUUGAAGGACCUCGAGGAGAAGCGGGUAGAUGCGAUCUUGGUCGAUGCGGUGUGCGCGGUGGCCGCCCGAUUCUCAUCAGAUCCUCUUCUGCUGGCCUCAAACGACCCUUCGAUCCCCUUAGACUCGGACAACAACGUGAAGAGAGCCUUCCGCGGGCAUCCAUUCGCUCAAAGAGCCAUGUCUGCAGUCAUCGAUACCUUUUCUUGCCCCACUAUGGCGGUAGCUCAGGCUUGCGUACUGCUAGCAUACGAGGAGUUUGGCGAAGAUCAUGACAGUGGCUUGUGGAUGUACCUUGGUACGGCGAUUCGCAUGGCACAGGACCUUGGCAUACAAAAACUCGAAGGCUUGCAACUUGAAGGUCGGAUAGGCUCAACUCCCAAGACUGCAAAGCAUGGGCAGGAAGGCAGGGCUGAAGAAAGGAGGAGGUACGAGCAGCAGCAGAGACUUUCGCACAAUUUCCGCCAUCAGGACAACACCCAACUCGACGACAGGAGGGCAAGUGAACAGGAACGAAUAGAUACCUUCUGGGCAAUAUUCUUCCUGGAUCGAGCUGUAUCAUCUGGUGUCGGUCGGCCUGUCACUUUACGCGACAAAGAUAUUGAGAUAUCAUUUCCUUACCGCUCUGACGAGGCCAUGAUCAAUGGCUAUCCGGAUCCAUUCCCAGCCAUGAUCAAGAUUGUACACAUGCACGGACGGGUUGCUGAUGUCCUGAACACUAUAAAGGAGGUCAGUCAAGCCACUCCCGACGUUCUGACCCGGCUGGCUAGUAUGGAAAAGGAUCUCACUGGUAUCUACCAACGAUUGUCGCCCAAAUUACAUUUCAAUGCCACGAAUUUCCAACAUUACGUCAAAGCAGGCCAUGGGACAAAUUUCAUCCUGUUGCAUUUUUGGUUCCAUACUUUGAUCGUCCUCGUCCAUCAACCAACAUUGCUGCAUUCAUUUGAAGGCGGUAUUCAGCAGCUUUUCCCCGAUAGCCAGGAGCUAUCCAUGUCGUCAGCCAAAACCAUUGCUGAUAUUCUAGCUUUUGCUGAGUUGAUCGACGUCAAAAGCUUCAUCGGAAAUCCUUUCAGCUGUCAGCCUGUGUAUGUCGCCGCAUGUGCUUUCCUCGCCGAGGCUGCUUUCCAUGCAUCCCAGUCGCCUUCGGGAGCACCAUCCCCUACGGCAAAUGGACACGCUGGACACACACCAGAGGAUAACUUCGAGAUUGUCAAUGUUAGGUCUUCUUCUGAUGGGAAAGCCGCUUCUGCACGUCAUACCCUGUUAGCCACUGCUGCCAACCAGAACUAUCAACGGUGCUACAGAGCGUUGAAAGUCAUGGAUUCGUAUUGGGCUGGAUGUCGGUACAUUCUGACAGCCCUGGACCAGAAAUCGAAAGGGCUGAAGGAUCCACUCCUUUUCACGGCAGAGGACAUUGACGGAGAAAUGCCUUCAACAGAGCCCUCUUUUACCACGCCUGGAUGGCGAAGAAGUUCGGCGCUAGCUGCAUCACUCGGAACCUAUGGGAAUGCCUUUCGUCGGCUUCGAGGGCUUGGUCAGGUGGACGAGAGCAGUGGUUUCUCUGCGAAGAUUGACCUGGGCCAAGCCAUCGGAUGGUCUUUGACCGGGACAGCCAAUUCACCCGCUCCCAGCAUUAGCUUCCUCUACCCCAAUACGAAUGGGGAGAAUUGUCCCCCUCCGUCAGAGAUGCAAGGGCCGCAUGCGCAGUUACCACGCGUGGAUGGACCAAACGUACCAUCGGCAUCGCCGCCAAGGGUUGAUCGAAGAAACCAGAGUUACGCUGGGCCAACGGCUACUAGGAACAAAUUUGGAGCCUUGCCCUAUGAUCCUGUUUCUACAGCCGAAGCAGAUCUUUUGCUAGGGUUGAACUCUCCAUACGCAACGCCCUCAACGACCCAGUCCGUCAUCAGAUUAGGGCCUGGACAACAAGGUCAGCCGUCGAAUGGCUUUGAUUAUAAUCCCCCUCAAGCUUCUCAGCAAGCAGAUUCGGUGAACUUUCAGCAGCAUUUCAUCGGUUCUCAAGACCAGAACUUCAACAACAUGUUCGUUGAAGCUCAAGAUGUUGAUAUCAGUGGUCAACAGCUGAAUUUCAAUUUCCCCGGUGGCGACAUGAUCCCAUGGCUUGAGUACCUACCCCAGGAUGUUUUGCAUUACUUUGGAGACCCUCAAGCUGGUGAUGGUGCGUUAAUGCCUCCCGGGCCUUCUCCGUCUGGCUGA